AUGAAGUCCCUUGUUGUCAUCGCGCUUGCGGCCUCAGCCGUGGCUCUGCCUGCCGAGCCACAGGGUUACACCGUGAGCGUGUCCAUCAGUUAUAACGCCAAUGCCAAGCCCAACCUGCAAGCUGCCAUUUCUAGGUUGAAUGCCAAGUACGGAAGCGCCAGUGCCAAGGCGGCGAAUGACGACGGGGCCGGUAGCACCCUCAAGCUGGACUUCGACACGGGUUCCAGCGACCUGUGGGUAUAUAGCAACAAUACCGAGGCAGGCAUUGCCGGCGCGGACAACACUCUCUACCUUCCGGGCAACAGCUCCACUGCCCAGCUGGUCGAUGGGGAAACCUGGUCUAUCGGGUACGCCGAUGGCUCUGACAGCAGCGGCGCCGUUUACCACGAUAUCGUUACGGUUGGUGGACUGUCUGUGCAGAACCAAGGCGUGGAGCCGGCGGUCAAGGCGUCCUCUGGCUUCAACGGUUCCGGCCUGCUAGGACUGGCCUACGACAAGGGUAACAGAGCGAAGCCACACCAGGAAAAGACAUGGUUCUCCAACAACAAGAGCUCACUCAAAGCACCAUUAUUCACUGUUCGACUCAGGCACCACGCUGACGGCUCGUACAACUUUGGCUACACUGACCAGUCACAGUACUCUGGCGAUAUUCUCUACACGCCGGCGUUUACUGACGAUCUGGGCCAUCGGCUCUUCAAAAUAGAAGGCUAUUCCGCUAGCAGCAGCGACAUGGUUCAGGCAGCGUAUAAUGCCACCCUCGAUACUGGCUCCUCGCUUUUCCUUGUUCCCGACUCCAUCGCCAGGGCGUACUGGUCCAAUGUCACAAAAUCCACUUCCUUCGAGGACGGCAGCGGUACGCUAGUUUUCAAUUACCCAUGCAGCGAGACCGAAAACCUGCCCGACUUUACCGUGGGCAUCAGCGGCAAGAGCAUUACGGUCCCAGGGCAUCUCGCCACCUACGCCACACUUGAUAACGGCAUUUGUGAGGGCGGCAUUGCCGGCGGCGACCGCAUUGCUCCAGACUUUGCCAUCUUUGGCGACGUUUUCCUCAAGACCAUCUUCACCAUUUUUUAUGACGGCAAUGACCAAAUUGGGUUCGCUAUGGGUAAAUGA